AUGUAAAUUAUAUUCCUAAUUGUCUGCAUUGUUGCAUUUGUCCAAGGCAAAUUGAAAGUAAUCAGGCCAGCUGAAUUGGUGGAUCGUUUGGGAUCAAAAAUAGACAUGGCUCUAGCGAAUUUCGGAGAAAUUCCAUUCGGACAUCGACUGGUUGGCUACGUUGACAUGGCUUCUCCUACUGAUGCUUGCAGUCCUCUUGAGCCUGCCUAAGGAAGUCAAUUUUUAUUGAUAGAGAGGGGAGAGUGUACCUUCGUAACUAAGGUCAGGAAUGCAUAGAAUGCUGGAUAUUCAUUAGCUAUUAUUGGGAAUAAUAAUGAUGACCCAUUGACUUCUGAUUUCGUUAUGGCUGAUGAUGGUCAUGGACACUCAGUUAGCAUCCCAUCAAUAUUCAUUACAUCAAGGGAUUUUUAAAUCCUGAAACAGUACUCUACUAGAAUUGGUGACAAUUUGGAUGAUAAGGUGUUUAUUUUAGUUAAAUUCGACGUUCAAAAGAAGGAACGCAUUGAUGUGUUGCUUAAUCUCAAAGUAAAUGACAGAGAUUCAUACAGAGUGAUUGACGAAUUCUCUGAUUAUUACAAUCUAUUAUAAAAGGAGAAUGUCAAUUACACAUUGGUUUAUGAAAUCUUCAGUACUAAUACAACAGAAACUGAGCAUUUCACUGACCCAGAUAAUUGUAUCUGUUCAAGAAGGUAUUGCGCAGAAGAUCCAGAUGGAGCUGGCAUAGCAACAGGAAAAAAUAUAAUUCAAGAGAUUAUUAGACAAACCUGCAUUUUCAAAUUAUACGCAGAUUAAUUCUUUUAGUAUAUGGAUAAAUUUAAUUUUCAAUGCUCAAAGCCUCAAGCCUACUCUACUUGUGGUAGUAAGAUCAUAACCAAUUUGCAAAUUUCAGCAGAUGAAAUCAACAAAUGUAGAGAUGACUCAUUUAUAGAUGUUGUUAGCAACGAAGUAACUAAAAAUGAGACAAAUGCUUUUAAUACUAUAUUAGAACACCAAUUACUAUUAAAAUAAUAGGCUGGAUGGUUUAUGAUUCCUUCAGCAAUAGUAAAUUCCGUAGUUUACAAAGGGAGAUUGACAGGCAAGGGAAUUUUCGGUGAAAUUUGCAACAGCUUUAAUACUCCUCCUUCAAUUUGCAAGGAUGAAGUAGAAAACUACUAUAAUUAGGGGAAUGAUUACUAGUACCUGAUUUGGCUUAUUCUUAUUAUCUCAAUCUUAAUAGCUAUCUUCGUCAUUAUUUUAUACUGUUUGUUCAAGAAAUUUGUGAAAAGAGACAGCGUUGAAGUAACCCAAGUGUAAGUAAAUGAAAUGGUCAGUCAAUAUAUUAAAUUUUAUGAAGGAAAAGAUUAACAAAAAUAAAAUUCUUUUUGAGAUAUUAAUGUAAUUUAUUAUUGAAUAAUCAAAUUUUUA